AGUUGCACUUGACUUCCAAUAGUCAUGGCAAAAUUAUAUGUUUAUUCUCUGUUUAGUGUUAUUUUGCUUAUCAAUGUGCAUAAGUGUCGUGGAAGUGAUUCGAAGCAAUGCGAUGAAUCUGAGUCGGAUAAUCCUGUUUGUGCCACCAGUGGAAGCCAUUGGUAUUUUUUCAAAAAUAUGUGCCUCCUAAACAGUGAAAACAAAGAUCGUCGAGUAAUGAAUCUUCCUACUCUAAGACCGACGGAUAUAUCGAAUUGUUUUAGUCAUUGUGACCAACUCUGUACGAAUAUAUUUUCUCCAGUUUGUGCUGCAACAGGAAAUGAACUGAAAACAUUUCCAAACAAAUGUGAAUUUGAUGUUGAGAAUUGUAAAAAUGGGAAUAAUUGGAAGAUUCUUUAUGAUGGAAAAUGUCAGAAGACUCCGCAACUAAAUCAACACUCAAAUUCUCGUCCACAUGAGCCACCACUUCAGCACAGAAUAGUUCCUGAGCAAAACAAAAGCCCACUUCGACUGCCUCAUCAGAAUCCUCAGGAAAACCCUUUUCCGAAGCAUCCACAACAACAGCCACAAUUACCAACAGGACGACAACCAUUUGAAAAACCGAUUUUCCAGCAACAUAUUCAACCACAUAUUCAGCCACAUCUAAACUUCCAACAAAUUCCUCAGCCACAAGGCAACCCUUCAGCAGUUCCUGAGCUAAAUGAAAGUCCCAUUGUACUUCCACAAGCUCAGCCUCAUGCAGAAGUUCACUCUCAACAAUAUGCAAAGGUACCAAUUGAAACUGUAGCAGUUCUUAAGGUAAAUGAAAACCUGAUUCCUCAGACACAGGUUCAUUCCUACCCAAAUCCCCAUCCUCAACAAUACUCCCAGUCUCAAGACAGAUCACAUUUAUAUCAUUAUGGACCUGCUUUACCCCAAAUACAACCUAAUCGAAAAUCAUAUGAAAAUCCAAUUCAACUUCCACCAAUUCACUUUGAUCUAAAUCCAAGGACCCAAAUUAUGAACCAACCAAAUAAAAAGACGCAUUUGCAAUGGCCUCGUAGAAAUCCUUAUGCUCAGAAUCAUCCUCAUCCCUUUCCAAUGGCUAAAUAUCUUCCACAUAUUAGUCGAAAAUAUCAACUAAUUUCACAUCCACACUAUCAGCCACGCCCACAAACUCAUACCAGGUCACAUUCCAAUACUGACAGUCUGACAAAUCCAAAGCGAUAUCCAAUCAUCCGGUCAAAUGUUAGAUCUCAUCCAAUUCCUUAUCGAUUGCUGAAAAACCCUCAUUCCAAAUAUCGCCAUGUUCAGCCGCUAAAAUAUUCAUAUCCAUUUAUUCUCCCAUGGCCACAGAAACAACACUUUCCAUUUCUUCAACCAAACGUACAUCAGUCUUCACAGAAUGCCAAUAUCCCAACCUAUCCAGUUCCCAAGUCACAUUUCCGGCCACAACCACAAUACCGUUUUAACGGUAAAGGGAAUUCAAAUCCCUUUGCCACCCAUCCACAGAGAAAAGCUCAAAUCUUUCAGCUAAAUAAUUAUUUGAUUCCACAGCCAGAUAUUCAGCAACAACCUCAACUAAGACAACUUCCACAUCCACAAAUCAAAACACUCCCUCAGUCUAUUCUCCAACCUCAACACCAGACCCCCGAUUCCGAAGAAGUUCCAGAACCAUUUAUGAUCAACGAUCAAUGUCCCACACAAUGUUCAAUGGAAUAUAAUCCUAUUUGUGCCACUUUCCAAGGUUUUGAACACACAUUUGACAAUCACUGCCACAUGAGGUCAGAUGCAUGCGGAUCAAAAAGAGCGUGGGUUGUAAAACACAACGGCGAAUGUAUUGAGCCAGAACCAGAACAAUGUAAUGCCAAUUGUCCAAGAAUUUUCAGCCCUAUGUGUGCCACCUUUAAUGGCCAAAACAAAACUUUUAACAAUGAGUGUCUUUUGGAUUUGGAAAUUUGCAGCAGUGGAAACUCUUGGGAUAUUUUAUAUAACGGUGAAUGUAGAAAACCCAUUCAGAAUUGUCCAAAAGUGUGUUCAAAUGUUUACGAUCCAGUUUGUGCGAACAGCAAUGGAAUUCAAAGGGAAUUCCCUAACCAAUGUUUUGCCCUGCUCGAAACUUGUAGAACAAAAGAAGACUGGAAAAUUGUUCAACAAGGCAAAUGUGAACAAGUAACAGCUCCUCAACUUCCACCGCAAACCACAAACUGUCCCGAUGUGUGCCCUGCUAUCUUUGCACCUGUUUGUGCUGUUUUAGGAGGGUCUAGAAGAACUUUUUCAAAUGGUUGUCAGUUAAGUAUAGAGACAUGUAAAACAGGCCAAGAUUGGAAAGUUCUAUUUGAUGGACAAUGUGAAGACACACAUCGAAGACAACCCAUAGAGCCAAAAUGCACUUCUAAUUAUGAACCAAUUUGUGGAAUGCUGAAUGGUUUUAGGAAAACAUUUACAAACAAAUGCCAAAUGGAUUUGGAAAUUUUGAAAACAAAUAAUGCAUGGAACUUUGUAGGCUUAGGACCUUGUGAAGUAUUACCGCAACCACACUUUGAACAACCAAAAGUAGUCCAACCACCAGUACCAGAGCCAAUGCUUCCUCUACAAACAAUACCUUCUCAACAGCCAAUAGCACCUCAAAGGCCAAUGCCUUAUCAACAAUCAAUAUCUCGACAGCAUCCAAUACGUCCUCAACAUACAAUACCAUUUCAACAACCCAUACAUCCUCAACCCCCAAUGCCUCCUCAACAGCCUAUACCUCCUCAACGACCAAUGCGUCCUCAAAAGCCAAUAAUGGCUCAACAACCAGCACCUCCUCAACAUCCAAUGCUUCCUCAACAGCCAAUACCUCCCCGACAGCCAAUGCCACCUCAACAGCCAAUGCAUCCUCAACAGCCAACACCUCCUCAACAGCCAAUAAUGCCUCAACAGCUAAUUCUUCUUCAACAGCCAACACCUCCUCAACAGCCAAUACCACCUCAACAUCCAAUGCAUCCUCAACAGCCAACACCUCCUCAACAUUCAAUAAUGCCUCCACAGCUAAUUCCUCUUCAACAGCCAACACCUACUCAAGAGCUAAUACCUCAUCACCCAAUGCCACAUCAAAACCCAAUACCUCCUCAACACCCAAUGCCUCAACACCCAAUGCCUCAACAGCCAAUACCUCCUCAAGAGCCAAUACCAUUUCAAAACCCAAUUCCUCAACACCCAAUACCUCCUCAAAAGCCAAUACCACCUCAACAUCCAAUGCGUCCUCAACUGCCAAUAAUGGCUCAACAACAAGUACCUCCUCAACACAUAAUGCAUACUGAACAGGCAGUACUUCCUCAACAGUUUAUACCACCUCAACAGCCAAUAAUGCCUCCUGAACAGACAGUACUUCCUCAACAGUCAAUACCACCUCAACAGCCAAUAAUGCCUCCUGAACAGCCAGUACUUCCUCAACAGUCAAUACCACCUCAACAGCCAAUAAUGCCUCCACAGCUAAUACCUCUUCAACAGCCAACACCUACUCAAGAGCCAAUACCCCAACACCCAAUGCCACAUCAACACCCAAUACCUCCUCAACAGCCAAUACCUCCUCAACAGUCACUACCACCUCAACAGCCAAUAACUCCUCAACAGCCAACAUCAGAAAGUACCUCCCCUUUAGCUUGUCCACUUUGCUCUGAUUCCUAUGAGCCAGUUUGUGGCAUCUCCAAUGGCCAACAACAAACAUUUAAUAACGAAUGCUUGCUGCUAUCAGAAAACUGUUACUCAGACAAAAAAUGGACUGUUGCUUAUCAAGGCGAAUGUCAUGACAUUACCGUAGCAGCUCCACGGAACUGCCCAAAUUUCUGUCCAUUGAAUUAUGAUCCUGUUUGUGCUACUUUCAAUGGAAUAAGGCGAACUUUCCCAAAUGAAUGUGAACUUAAUCAUGAAGCAUACACAAGAAAUGAACAAUGGGUUAUUCUAAAUAUUGGAGAGUGUGACUAUUGCCCAGUUUGCUCAUAUGAUCUUUCACCAGUUUGUGCCGAAUUUAAUGGUCAAACACGAACAUUUGAUAACACCUGUCAAGUUGAAUCUGAGAAUUGCAGAACUAAUAGUGCAUGGAAGGUAGUAUCGAAAAAUGCUUGCGAAAUCCGUAGUUGUCCAACAAACUGCCCGAGAGUUUAUAUCCCAGUUUGUGGCAUCAGCAAUGGUGAGGCCAGAACUUUUGGUAACAUCUGCGAGAUGAGACAAGAAGCUUGUAAUACAAACACAGUCUGGAAUAUAGCCAGUAAAGGAGAAUGUCCUGGUCCAAAGGAGAACUGUCCACAAUCAUGUAGCCUAGAUAACAAUCCUGUGUGUGCUGUUUACCAAGGAGUUCGAAAGCAAUUUAUCAAUGAGUGUUUUUUGAGAUCGGAAAAUUGCAAGACUCACAAAAAUUGGGAGUUCGUCAAUGUGGGCCCUUGUGCUGACGAAAUCCCACAACAAUUACCAUAUCCUGAUGAACCAAUAACCCAAACUCCCAUUGAUAAGCCUGAUGAGUCGAAUUGCCAGAUAAAUAAGUGCCUAAAUUUCCGUGAUCCAAUUUGUGCUGUUUUCAAUGGAGAAGAAAAAACUUUUUUGAACGCCUGCUUUUUAAAUAACAUCAAGUGUAAAACUGGUGAAGAUUGGAAAAUUGUUAAACACGGCAGCUGCCGGAAAUCAUCAUCACCUAGAAGUAAAAUUGCAACCGAACAUUUACAGUGA